AUGUCUCUCGAAAUUCCGCCCAGCAGUUCAAAGAGCCCAAGUUCGGGCUUAUUUUCUCCCGGGUUCACUAAUGCUCCGGCCCAAAGCAACAUGAACGCCGCCUGGGAUACUAAUGAGUCCAACGGGCACAACAUCACACAACAGCCCGACUAUUUCUCGACAGAUCUUGAUUUUGACACUGCGUACAUGCUAAUGACCAAUGAACUUGAUGCCGGCGUUCCUUCUAGCGCCGGGUUACCUGCCGCGAACAAACUCUCCGCCGGCUCGCAAACUACCUCUGGAUCCAUUUCUACAGACCAGUCGACAACCGUCCCGCAGACGCCGCCGAUGACAAACGUCAUGUCUACGGGGCUGUCGCCCUUCUAUAGAUCGCCGAAACUGGUCCAGGAACAACUUUCGCGACCCUUAACCCCAGACAACAACAAACUUCUUCAUGACAAAAACAGCUUUCUUGCCCGAUCGUCCUCGUCGUUUCAUUUCGGCGAGUCGAGUCCUACCCAGGCCACCUCGCCUGUGUCGCCAAACACAAGGAAUUUGCUGACAACGUUCAACAACUUGAGCUAUUCUGCGAAUUUGGUGGGCCUGGCUCGACAGCAGUCGUCAGAGCUUCUUUCCGUGUCCGAAACGUCUGCGCUCGAGAACUUUUUGGACUCGAUCGCCAACGACCAGAGCUUGUCGAACCUUUCCAAACACUGGCACUCUAUUGACCCUUUGGCCAGCACAAUCAAGGAUUUGAAAAAGACCCCCGAGGCAGAACUGGAAGUGGUCAUCAAGCACAAUGACGGAGCGCAGCGUCUCCCGUCCCCACCGACACAGGAGGAGAAGUUGGCCCGAGCAAGUUACCAAAAGCGACAACGGAGCAACUCUUUUUCUAAAAAAUUGCUUACGGAGGAAGAAAAGAAGUUGAACCAUUCGACAUCGGAGCAGAAACGGCGCGCAAUGAUAAAGAACGCCUUCGACGACCUAUGCGAUCUUAUAAGUUCGUCUCCUGUUUAUUUACGACAGACUAGAGGUGAUGGUAGCAAACCGAAGAGCAAGCGCAAAACAAUGUCCAAAUACAACGUCAUGAUGCAUUCGAUAGAGGAAAUUGAUCGGCUCCAAGAUGUUAAUAGACGGCUUAGGCAGCUGAUAGGAUAA